GUACAAUAAUUUUUCAAAUUAUAAUUUUGUGCUAGUGUCAUAUCUGUUGCGCUACUGUGGAUCAAUAUGGGAUAAACAAUGGGAAAUAUAAUUAUUUUUUAAUUAUGCCUAUUUUUUAAUUGGUUAUGCAUCAACAUGUGUUUUGAUAGAAUGUCUUUUUUUAGCCUUUUUCAAGGCUAUCCAAAAUGAUGCUUCAAAUCAUCUGCCUAAAUAAUUUGAUUUAGUUUGAUAAUAUGGAUGAAGAAUUUGAACCUCUGGAUCCAACAGUUAAGAAUAUAAUUGAUCAGAAGUCAUUGAAAUGGAUUUUUGUGGGAGGAAAAGGUGGAGUUGGUAAAACAACUACCAGUUGCAGCUUGGCUGUGCAGCUGGCCAAGGUGCGGGAGAGUGUUCUCAUCAUCUCCACUGAUCCAGCUCACAACAUAUCAGACGCUUUCAACCAAAAAUUCACCAAAGUACCUACCAAAGUCAAUGGAUUUGACAAUCUAUCAGCCAUGGAGAUUGACCCGAACGCCGGCUUUAACGAGCUGCCCGACGAGUACUUUGAGGGCGAGUCGGAGGCCAUGCGCGCUGGGAAGUCGAUGAUGCAGGAGCUGCUGUCGGCCUUUCCCGGCAUCGACGAGGCCAUGAGCUACACAGAGGUCAUGAAGCUGGUGAAAAACAUGAACUUCUCGGUGGUGGUGUUCGACACUGCGCCGACCGGGCACACGCUGCGCCUGCUCAGCUUCCCACAGGUGGUCGAAAAGGGACUCGGCAAACUGCUCCGGCUCAAAAACCAAAUCAGCCCCUUCGUCACCCAGAUGGGCAGCUUACUGGGCCUCUCCGACUUCAACCCGGAUGACAUGUCGGCGCGGCUCGAGAACAUGUUGCCCAUCAUCCAGCAGGUCAACGAGCAGUUCCGCAACCCCGACCAGACCACGUUCGUGUGCGUGUGUAUCGCCGAGUUCCUCUCGCUGUACGAGACCGAACGGCUAGUCCAGGAGCUCACCAAGACCGGCAUUGACACGCACAACAUCGUGGUGAACCAGCUACUGAUGCUGAAGCCCGGCGAGCGGCCGUGCAGGAUGUGCGCGGCGCGGUGUCGGAUCCAGCAGAAAUACCUGGACCAGAUUGCCGACCUGUACGAGGACUUCCACGUGACCAAGCUGCCGCUGCUGGACCACGAGGUGCGCGGCGUGCCUGCCGUCACCGACUUCUCGGCGCACCUACUGGCGCCCUACCAGCCGUGACCUGAUCUGACCUGACCGGGUGGGUCCGGUCCGGUCGGCGCGGCCCGCUCCCCCGGGCGCGCCGACCUCCCCUCCGCCGCGCGUUAUCACAUUCGCAUCCGUACUCUACGUAUGGAACUUGUCACUUGUCAAAUAUAUUCACCGUACGUCAA